AUGUAAACAAAAAAAAAAUUGAUGAAAAGAAAAAAACACAUUUCGACUGAAAUUUGCCGGAUAUUUUGCAAUUUUUGCUGAAAAUUACUAAAUUAUUAAAUUUUUACACUCGAUGAUUCGUUAAGUAGUGAAGUUAGUGCAAAAAUGAAGCAUAAAAACGAAGUAGCCAUCAUCGAAAAUGACUCGGUCGUGCCGACGAAGAAAUCUAAACCUAACGAUGAUGCCCAUGCUCGAACAUCCGACCUAAUGGCACCUAUAAUGAUGCUGGAAGGACACCCAGGAGAAAUUUACUCCGUCAAAUUCCAUCCCGAAGGGAAACACUUAGCUUCUGCUGGAUACGAUCGACAGAUCUUCAUGUGGAAUGUAUAUGGAGAAUGUGAGAACAUAGGAACCCUUUCAGGACAUACCGGAGCUGUGAUGGAAUUACAUUUCUCGACCGAUGGCAAUUACAUUUUUACUUGUAGUACCGAUUCCACUUUGGGGAUGUGGGAUUUAGAGAAAGGACAAAGAGUGAAGAAAUUAAAAGGACACGGUUCAUUUGUGAAUUCUUGCGACGUUAAUCGACGAGGACCUAUAAAAUUAUGUAGUGGUUCCGAUGAUUGUACUGUUAAAAUAUGGGACCCUCGAAUGCGAGGACAAGCCACUACUUUGAAUAAUACCUACCAAGUGACCGCAGUUUGUUUUAAUGAUACUGCCGAAUACGUUAUUUCCGGUGGCAUUGAUAAUGAUAUAAAGGUUUGGGAUUUGCGUAAAAACGCCACUCAUAUGAAAUUACGCGGGCACGUAGAUACAGUCACCGGCGUUUCUUUAUCAGCCGAUGGAUCUUAUAUACUUUCCAAUGGUAUGGAUAACACGUUACGAAUAUGGGAUAUUAGACCGUAUGCUCCGGCUGAACGAUGUGUCAAGAUUUUCAGCGGUCAUCAACAUAAUUUUGAAAAGAAUUUAUUACGGUGUUGUUGGUCUGCCGAUGGCCAAAAAGUAUCCGCCGGUUCUGCCGAUAGAUUUUUAUACAUUUGGGAUACCACAUCUCGAAGGAUACUGUAUAAACUACCUGGUCAUAAUGGUAGCAUAAACGAUGUAGAUUUCCAUCCAACUGAGCCAAUUGUUGUAUCUGGCUCAAGCGAUAAAGUCAUCUAUUUAGGAGAAAUAGCGAAGUAAAAUAUGUUCCUGUUGAACAUCGGAGAUAAAUAAAUUGAAAAUAUUGUUUUUUGAAAUGUACGAUUGUAUUAUAAAAAAAAAAAAUUAAACUACCUGUAACAAUUAAAGAAAAAAGUACAAAUUUCCUCGAUAAAAUUAACAAUACAUGGGAUUACUUCAACGAUACCGUCGAAUGAAAAAUGAUAGCGGAUUAAAACGAAUAUUGAUGUAGUUCUCAAUAUUCUCGUACAUGAGAGAAAAUGGUAAACAAUUUAAAAGUACAAGUCUAAUCUACCUAUAACUGGAGGGGCAGAAAAAUUCAAAGCUCUUUUAAACGAAACGAAAUAAAACUACGAAAUGAAAGAAAAAAAAUCUUCAAAAUGAUCCAACUGUUUUCCGUUCCAGGGUCAAUUUUUUUUAUAAUCAACUUAUUAAUCAAUUAGGUAUUCAGGAACAAAAAUUUAUACAAAAUUAAACAUUACAGUUACAUUAAAGUACAACUGAAAAAUUUCGUACCAAAUAGUACACGAAGAAAAUGGCAAAAUGCAUUGCUUAACAUUAAGAUAUCCGUUUAAAAUUAUACUUAUUCUAUGGAUUUCAUUUGAUAUUUAUGUAAAUAGAUUUCUUAAUUGAAA